UGCAGAUCGCUCUGUCCUCCGUCUUGGCACGGCAUCAAGAGUGGGGCAUUCGGUGCCGAUUUGGAACAUCACAAGAUUGCAAAGGCCGUAAUCAGCCGGCGAAAAUACCGGCAGCCCAGCAACCAUUUUUGGAAUUCCCAAAAAUCAAAUCAGCAACCUCGCUGCCUGAUUUUUGAAGCGGCAGAAUUCCCAUUUUGGAAUUGCAGUUCGCAAUCAGCCACACCGCCUUCUGCCAUUUCCCAUGCAUAAAUACAGGUCUUCCCGCCGCUCGCCCCCAACUUGUCCCAACUUACUUUCCCCUUUUUCAUUCACGUUUCGUCCCCCUCAACUUGUCCAACUUACUUUCCCUGUCUUUAUUCACUUUUACUCCUCCCAAUUGACCUUACAGAUUUUGGAGAGCGUCGGGGCCUUCGGGUCUUGGAGCCAUUCAAAUACUCAUUCGACAAUUCACCCUCACACUUUGAUGCUCGACCUCUGCUUUGGUGUUUUCUUCAGGUUUGCUUGCUUUGGGGAGUUGGCGUUUGGCGUUCCGGCUGUUUUCUUGUUUUUGUUUGGGGUUUGUUUGGGGGCGUUCAGAUGUUUGGAGUUCUGGUUAUUUUCUUGUGUUUGGCUGGAGUUUGGUUGGGGGCGUUCAGGUAUUUGGAGUUCCGGUUGUUUUCUGUGCUUUUCGUGGGCUAGGGGCGUUGCUGGUGUUGGCGUUUUGGCGUUCAGCAAACCAAGUCCUUCUUCACUCCGUGGAGUUGGCAAUUUUGAAACCUUCUCGCCUUUGGCGAUUUACCUUUUUUUUCAUUCCAUGCUUCAGCUUGUCUGGGGCUGCGAAGAAGAAAAUCGAUCUCCAUCAUCAUUCUUGCGCUGGUGAUCCUGUCGUGAUGUCCUCCCAUUGUGCUCUUGUUUUCGCGUCCUCUAUCUUGAUCCUUAUCGUCACUACACCAUUACGUCACCAUAUCUCUAGGUAAACAGACCUGGACCAUUGUAGUCGUGUCUCAUCUGCUCUUGGAGGCGUAUCCUCUCCCCAUGUUCUCCCCAUCGCGAUCCUUGCCGCUCCUCCACUCACGAUAUCUCGGAAGUGAACAAACCUAGCCGGUUGCAGUCAUCUGGCCUUUGAUUUCGAACGCGCGUUUGCCCGCUUCACACGUCUAAAAGAUGAACACAUGGUGCCCGUCUUGGUCCCUCCUCACGAACUGUCAUGACA